UUGUGGAGAUGAGGAAGAUUGAGAAGGAUUUGGCUGCGACGGCACCACCACCACAACCGGCUGUGACGACGCCUAGAAAAAAUCCGAGGACGACGACAAGGACGUCUGCUUGCUUGGAUAUGAUUCCUGGAUAUAGAAAUUGCAUCAAGGAAGCGAUUAAGGAGGAACAUGAGGCGGAGGAGUUAACUGACAGGAUUGGAACUGCUGUGACUACAUCACCGGAGCAGGAGACAUCAAAGACAGAAGCCCCGAGCGAGGAAACAUUAGCAAAAAAAAAGGAGCCACAAGAAAGCCAAGAAUACCAAGAGCCGCAGCAUCAACAACAGGAGCAAGAGCAGGAGCAAGUGCAAAUCCAGGUACACGAGCCUGAACAGCAACCAGAGCCGGUAUCAGCACCCGAGCCGUUGGAAUACAGAAAGGAACAAGACCCCCACCACCUCUCCUACCUCUCCACCCGCCUAAGUCACCGUCGCUCUCUCAUCGACAUCUUCAAUGCCAUCCGCGCCAGCCAGCGCUCCAGCUUCCGACUCAACCUCGAGUUCUCUCCCAAGUUCUACUCUGGUCCCUUCAGCCCGUCCUCUCCGACAUCUUCCACGACUGCCUUCUCCCCGCCCAUGUCCCCUGUCUCGACUAUCUCGCCUCUUUCGCCAACCCUCUCCGAUGAGACGAUUAUGGUGGACUCAAUCGAAACAGCAUGUGCGGUGCAGAUUGCCGGACGAAAGGAGCCGCAGGAGGUUGUGCACCAGGCAAUCACACCUGAUGAGAACAUCUUCCAGUUUCGCUAAGAAGAUUGGGAUAAGGGCAAUGUCGUAUUCGUUUCUAAUUUUUCGAGCGUUUGUGUGGAAUGUGUAUAGACCUGUUUCAGUGUCGGUUUUUUGGCCUUUCUAGUCUUUGCCUCUGGAGUGGAGGAGCGUGAGAUGUUGGUUUAUUAUUUGCUCUUUUCAAUUGGUUUCAUUUUCCUGAUUGAAUAAAGUUAGUCUGGUUUGUAUGUAUGGAGAUAUCCGUUGUAGAAGAAGCAAGAAGGUAUAUAGAUAAUUCAACGAAUUGUAUAGACAUCGG